AUGUCUGAUCCGGAUCGAAUUCUUGAGCAUUGCCCCUUUCCUGAUGUCGGCCGUUCCCUUCAGCCGUACGUCAAGACUCGACAAGAAGUGGCGGCAAUCAGAAAUAGUCUGCAGGCCAAGCUGCCAAACUCCGCAAUCAACAGUUCUUUACCGACUUCAAAAGACAUCCGAGAGAUAACUUCAGUUACCGGCGUCCGCAAGGCUUAUCUGAGAGCAUUGCAGGCCCACCAGGCAGCGCAAGCAAGAUAUGACUCUCUGAAAGCGGAACUGGAAGAGCUCUCCCACGCCAGCUCUUCUACUUCUGAUCCUGCUGCUGAUAAUGGCUCGUUCAUGACUGAAAGCUACAUUCCCCUCAUGCGCCAGCGAGAGAAGCACCGCAAGCUCAAAAUCCUCCAGGCCACUCUGGCCAAAGUUGACGCUGCGGGCGGCAAGACUAUCGCGGAUUCUUUCGACAAAGUGACUAGGCGUCAAGUCGGAGAUCUUCCCGUCCCGCCGCCCGCCGCAGCAUUUGCCGAGCGUGAUGCUGGAACGGAGUCGGAGUACGACCUCACUCGUCUCAAGAAGGCCAUCUUAGCAGUGAGGCAUCAAUUGGAGGAGCAUGAGGCAGCAACAGUGCAAGCUAAUGGCGUCCUUCACGGGGAUUUGAAUCCACACGCGGAUUUAUACGCCCUCAAAAAAGCCCACAAUGAGCUCACGGCUUGGAUGGAGCAACAGCUGGCCAUGAUCAGUGACCUGGAAGCUCCCAAGGACGGGGACGGCGAGGCGCAAGAACAUGACAUGUCAAACGGCGAAGCGGAGUAUGGCUUGAAAGAUAUCGAAAGUCUCUACGAGCAGUAUCUGCAUUCGAGAGAGCAUCUCCUGGAGCUCGUCACCAAUUCAUCGAGCGCAAUUCCAAGCGCACCCUCAUCACCAGAAGUCAUCCGACGUCCAUCCACCACACCAGAACCUGAGCAAAGCCAAUCAGCUUCCGAAGCUUUGCUCCCAUAUCUUUCACGUUUGGUCCUCAUGCGACAGGCAGAAAGGGACCUGCUGCAGCAAAGUUCGAGCUCUUACCAUUCUCAGGGUGCGGAUCCAUCAUCUUCUCCCAACUGUGUGUGA